AUGCACCAACCUCAGAGAAAAGCCGCCAUCGAAGACGUACCAGAUAGCGGCGGUGAAGUCGCAUCUGACCCCACAAGACCGCUGGUCGGCACCGUCACUGUCAUUCCGGAAGCGUUGUUGGGGUUUUUGGAAGAAGAUGUCAGCUUGGUUUACUGUAAUCCCAAUCGCUUCUACACAAUACGAGACUGGAUUACGUACGGGGGUAUAUCAUACCCUGCGUACGCAAGCAAUGCCCGUGGUGGUGUUAUUGCAAGAGGUUCAUACAAGGGCGUACGAGUUCCAGCGUUUCAGUACACUGUUCCGGCGCUGGAAUUACUGCAUUCACAUGAGUGGCAAGUUUCUAGCUACUUACACGACCAGGAGCGGUAUUGUGAAGACCUCAAUAUCGAACUAAUGCGAAUAGACGCUUGGCUCUCGUACGCGGGUCGCACAGAACGAAUUGCAAAUGGGCCUAUAGACCUGUUGAAGGGAGCACCGGCACUUGUGCGACUGCUGCAAGCUGACUUUGAGGUGGAUUUCAUGAACAUUGAUCUCUCAGCUAAGGAGGGUGGUCAUCAGGACAUACAGGGCUUGGCUGAUAAUGUGAUGGACUUCCUUGUAGAUGAGGAGCUUGAUGAGGCUGGGCAGUUGUAA